AUGUCCAACCCUCUAAUCGUGGACAUCCAUACCCAUGUCUAUCCACCCGCAUACAUCGAUAUGCUCCGCGCCCGCCGCAAGGUGCCAUAUAUCCACGACCCGUCCGACGGCGGACCACCCCGUCUAAUCAUCCUCUCUUCAGACGAUGACUCAAAUAUCCCCCUCGAUCAGCGUGGUCGACCAGUCGACUCGUCAUACUCCGACAUCCAAGUCAAACUCGGCUUCAUGGACAAACACGGAAUCGAUUGUAGCGUCAUUUCCCUCGCCAACCCAUGGCUAGAUUUCAUCGGCGAAGAACAAGCCUCUGAAUGGGCCCAAAAGAUCAAUAAUGACCUCGAAUCUACUUGUGCACAGGUCAAUAAUGCGACUGCCCUGCCAGAUAAACCCCCUCGCCUCUUUGCCUUCGGCACCUUACCACUGGGUGCACCGCAACAAGUAGCCGUGGCGGAGGAAGUGCAUCGAAUCAGCGCCCUCCCUCAUAUCCGCGGCGUGAUUAUGGGUACGACCGGGCGAGGCAAUGGUCUAGAUGAUCCCGAGUUAGAACCAGUAUGGGGAGCACUCCAAGAUACCCAACUCAUGCUAUUCUUGCAUCCGCAUUAUGGCCUGCCGGACGAGGCGUUCGGAGGGCCUGAGAUCGUUCGUCGCUAUGGACACGUGCUCCCGCUGGCGCUGGGGUUCCCACUGGAGACUACCAUUGCGAUUACGCGCAUGUAUCUGAGUGGGGUGUUUGAUCAGUUCCCCAAGCUGAGAAUCUUGUUGGCGCAUUCGGGUGGUACGCUUCCGUUCCUAGCGGGCAGGAUUGAGAGUUGUAUCGCGCAUGAGCGGACUUUUAAGGUGAAUGGGGGUAGUGUUCCGGGCCCGCAACGGGGUAUUUGGGAUGUUUUGAAGACCAAUAUAUAUCUAGAUGCUGUGGCUUAUGGAACUGCGGGAUUGAAGGCAGCUGUGGAGGCCGGAGGGGGCAGUACGGAUCGUCUGCUGUUUGGUAAGAUACUGAGCUGGUGCCCUACUCUGGUGACAUUUUUUGAUGCUGAUAUCUUCCAAGGUACUGAUCAUCCAUUCUUCCCACCUCUCAACGAGGAAGAUGAUAAAUGGACCAGUGUGACUACCAAUUACAAGGCCAUUAGUGCCUCAUUCGGUGAAAAUGAAGACGCCGUGGCAGCAGUGUUGGGAGGUAAUGCUGUUCGUAUUCUCAACCUGAAAUAA